GCCGAGGAGGUGAUGCUUGAUCUCAAACGUAACUCCUCUUCUCUUCGUUACCAUGCUCCUCGCACUGUUGAUUUCACAACUAUGUAUACCAAUCUUCCUCAUGACCGUAUUUGUCAUAAUGUUUCAAAAGCGGUCGAGGAAGCCUAUGCAUAUGCCUUACAACAACACACACAGGGGCGCACACAUCCUCCUACCCUUAACAUGAUUGCUAAAGGGCCUCGUCAAGGGGAGUGGACGAUUGAUACCGGACCAAACACCUUGACCGUUUCCCAAAUUCUUGAGCAUCUCCAUUUCAUUGUCACAAACACUUAUCUUUAUGCAGCGGACGACACCUUGCGACAUCAGUUGAUUGGCAUCCCGAUGGGGACUAAUUCUGGUCCGGAGAUAGCUAAUUUGACGUUGUAUUGGGAUGAGGCUCGAUUUGUCGAUGACCUCCAGCGGCGUGAUCUUCGCGCAGCUCAACGGUAUGUGUUCACAUACCGCUUGAUCGAUGAUGUUCUCUCAUGGGGACAUCUGCCACCACCGUCAGAGCACUAUGGCCUCGAAUGGAAGGAGACCACAACGCCUGAUGGCUCUUGCACAUUCUUGGGUGCACGCCUCCAAGUCCGCCCUGACGGCUCCCUGCGUACGAGUGUCUUUGACAAAGCAGCUGAAUGGAAUUUCCCUGUUAUUCGAACUCUGGCGCGGAGUGCCACAGCAUUUGGGGUGUCGCAAGUUUGUAUAGUUGGCCAUAAAGCAUUUCACACUUUUGGCAGUCAUGGUGCGGCAGAUUACGUCGACUUCAUUCAUUUUCACACUUUAAAUGAUGCCUGUUGUUAUCUCAAGGAAGAUCGUGGCUGCGACAUCUGUGGAGUGGAGAUAAUGGAAGGGGCACAUCCUGUGCAUCUGCACCCUUUCAAGCGCAGUACGGCAUUUCUUCUUGGUAACGAGAUUCAGAGACGCAAUCCAAUCCUCUUUGCUGGUGCGACCUCGCCCCAGGUGGUAGAAGCCAGCCCCUACAGAUCGCUGAGAUAUGGGGUGGCCUCGGAGAGGGCGACAUUGAGCACGGCCCUGGUGUCCAGCUACAGAGUGCUCCUCGCUGAUCGUCCUAGCUGGGAGAAGAAGAUCAAGACCCUGAAGGAAAAGCACGAGGUCUUCUCGGUGGGCAAUUAGACUUGAACACCUUGUCGCAAAGCGUGACGAC